AUGCUCACUAUUAAUUUAGAACAAUGGGAACGACUACCAGUUCCAGAUCUAAGUAUUCUUAAGAAAACAACUGUCGAUAUAUUAAAAUAUUUCAACAAAUGCGAAGAGACGCCCGAACAAAUUGAAUAUGUUAUUGAACAAGGUCAAACUUUUCGUUCAUUAACUAUUCUACGUGCAACAGAAUGUCAGAAAAUGGCAUCAUAUGCAGACGAUAUGAUUUCUUACUUUGAGCAUCUUUCUGGAGAAAGGGAAAGUAUUUCCUCACUCAUGAGACCUUUAGAAGAUCUAUUGAGCGAAGCACAGAAUCGCAAGGAUAGUGCCGAGAAACUGAAGUGCAGCAUAAACUCCGAUUUAAAAAAAGUUGACCUAAGAGACAGGUCUAGCGAUGAUAGAUUUUUACAAGUUAAAUCAUGGUCAGCGAAACUAAUACAUAUAGUAUUAUUAGUGGCAAUAGUUAUUAUGUUGUAUAUCACUAAUAUUGCUACACUCAUUCUACCGUCGACUGCGACCGAGUCAAGUGAGAUAAAAAUGGAACCCGUUACAACCACUAUUUUUUAUACUACCGUAUCUUAUGAACCGUCAUCUUAUUGGUAUUAUUUUUACACUGAGCAAACCUUAACAAUCACAACUUCGAGGUUAGAAAUCAUCUCAGCAGAUACUACUGAAAACUCUGAACAGACAGCGACCACUACGACAGCUGAUCAAACAGAUGCUACUGAAAAAUCUGAACAAACGGAUGCUCAUUGGACAUGGAUUUACAUUCCAAGAUGGUUAUCUAACGAUAAUUCUGUGGAUAAAGCAACGGAUACCACAACACCUCAUCAAAUGCACGUUAUCCAAGAGCACAAAAGCGCAAUUAAUCUUUUUCUGACUGUCGUUUUUGCAUUUACAUUGGGAAACUUUCUCAGUUCUGGAUCGAACUACCAAGAUAAUAUUGUCCAGGCAUUAAAAUCGGAAAAUAAAAAAUUGAAGGGUUACGUCGAUGCGAUUGAUGCAAAACUUCCAAUCAUCGAGGAAAACACAACAACACUUAUCAAAUUUUGGGAACAACAAGUUAAUAAUAUCAACAAUCUAAUUCAAGCUUUGAAUUCCGUUGACGCGAAGGAGAGAAUCCAAUUUCCGCCAGAAGUAUGUAGAACAAUCAUAGGCGAAUGGAAGGAACAGAGAGAAUACUGCGAAAAUUUUUAUAAAGAAAUAAAAAGAAUAUGUCGAUAA